AUGUCUACACAAACUGAUUUUGGUCCUGAUUCAGGGGGAAGAGUAAAGGGCUUGGUCAUAGUGAAGCCAAUAGUAUAUGGCAACAUAGCUAGGUAUUUUGGUAAGAAGAGAGAAGAAGAUGGUCACACGCAUCAGUGGACUGUGUAUGUCAAGCCCUAUGCAAAUGAAGAUAUGUCAUCAUAUAUAAAAAAAGUACACUUCAAACUGCACGAAAGUUAUGUUAAUCCUAACAGAAUAGUCACAAAGCCACCUUACGAGCUGACUGAGACUGGUUGGGGAGAGUUUGAGAUUGUUAUUAAAAUAUAUUUCCAUGAUCCUAAUGAAAGACCAGUCACACUUUACCACAUUCUAAAACUAUUCCAAUCACCAGUAAAUGAAAGUGCUCCACCUACCAUAGGCCGCGCGCUGGUGAGCGAAUCGUACGAGGAGAUAGUUUUUCAAGAACCGACACAGCUAAUGCAGCAUAUGCUGAGUAACGUCAAGCCUAUUACCAAUGCACCUUGGACCCACGAUACCAAUUUUGAAGAAAAGAAAGAGAAAACUCUGGAAAGGAUAAUAGCAGCGCAGGUAAAGGUGAGGAAUGAGAUAUCUGAUUUAAAAGAAAAGUUGCAUCUGGCAAAGGAAACCAUAUCCAAAUUCAAGGAAGAGAUCGCGAAGAUUCAAAAUAACCCAUCCUCUAAUAUUUUAUCUGCUGUAUAA